AUGGAGACGCCGCUUUUGGCGGAGGAGGAGGAGGACGAGCUGGAGAUGGCGAAAGCGUGGAAGGCGGUGGAGGCGGUGCGCGUCAGCGCGGAUCUGCCGGCGGCGGCGAAGCAGCUCAUGACGCUGCUGCGCCGCGUCGACCAGAACGGCCGGCUGUACGCCGGGCCGGCCGUUAAGGAUGCUAUUAGGAGGUACGAGCAGUGUUGGCUGCGCAUGGCGUACGGGCAGACGGACGAGGUCAUGCGCACGCUACAGCCGCCGCUGGACGUGCAGUGGGUGUGGCUCGUGCACCGCCUCAACCCGGAAGCCUAUGCAGAGGACUGCAGCACCAUCCUGGGCCGGCUGUUAGACGGAGGUAUUUUCGACCCGGAUGACGACGAUGUGGGCAGUGAGAGUGCACGCGGGGAGGCAGCAGCCACUGCCGCGUGCAGGGCGCUCUGGGAGGAGCUCUUCCCCUUAGAGCCCUACGACCCGCCCGCCCUUGCUGCUCCUCCUGCUCCUGCUGCUGCUGGGGAAGGUGGGGAUGCUGCUGCGGGUGAUGAUGCUGCAGGUGGUGCUGGUGCUAGUGGUGCUGGGGAGGAGAGGGACGAGGGGAGUGGAGCAGUGGCAGGAGACGGUGCAGCAGCUACAGGUGGCGGUGGUGGUGGUGGCGGUGGUGAUGGGGCGGAGAGGCAGGGGAACGGAGCAGCAGCGCCGCCAGAUGCAGCAGCAGCAGCAGCAGCAGCAGCAGCAGCAGCAGCAGCGGCAGUGGUGCCACCAGCGCUGCCCCCAUCGCUACCCUCGGAGCUAACUUAUGACUUGGAGGCGGCUGUGGCACGCCAGAGCAGCUUCUUCUACCAGGUGGAUCGGCCGUGGAUGCUAGAGCGGCAGUACCUGCAGGGCUCGCUGCAGCGCUACCGCAUGUUCCUCAACCUCGUCAUGCUCAACCGCGGGGCCUUCCUCACUCCCACCUAUGACAUCGACCUGCUCUGGCACGCGCACAUGAUGUGUGCAGCAGCCUACACUAAAGACAGCGACUGGCUGUUAAGCCGUCUGCUGGGCCACGAUGAUUCAGAUGCCAUGCCAAUUGUAGCAGCCACUGCAGCAGCCGCGUCCUCUUCCAACACCAUCGACAGCAACACACGCAAGCGCCUCGAGUGGGCCUACCGAGCCACCGCGCAGCUCUGGGACCGAACCUACGGCUCUCCGUUCGACCGCGCCGGAGCUAUGUUCCGAGGCCCGGCACCUGUGCCUAUCCCGCCGCCGCCGCUCGUGGCGCCGAAACGGGUUUUGCCUCUGGAAGGAGGGACGGUGGAGUUUACAGUUGCAGAGUUGAAUGCUGGGAGGGGGUUGGAACCGCGGAUGACUGUAGAGGUUGAUUUCAUGGUCUGGGGUUUGAUUAAUUUCCAUCCCGACAAGCCUGAGAAUCUCUUUCUCAUGAUCCGGACGAAACGCGCCGCCCACGAUUUCUCGCUGCGCACGCGCUUGCUGCCCGCCCGCCCGGGCUGCCGCCCGCCAGCCUGGCGGCAGCGGUGGGCGCUGGAAGCUGAGGUGGCAACAGCUGGAUUGCAGUUCGAGCUAAGAGCGGAAUCAGGGACCUUCUGGGGCGGGUUGUGGGGCCCGCGGUUGGUGGGGAGUGGAGGUAUUACCUGGGAGGAGGUGUUAUCGCGGCCAGCUCUACUGGUGGAUAGACAGGUGGCGCUGGCCUCUGUAGAUCUGCUCACUGCUGUGGGAAUCAGAGGGGACGGGGACGAUGGGGCAGGGGGGAAUAAGGCAGCAGGAGCAUCGGGAGGAGCGGAUGGGUCGGCCGGGGGGAGCGGGGGAGGAGGGGGGGGGAGCGGGGUGGGAGCGGGGGCGCUGGUGGUGAGUGGGGGAGGGGGGAAGGCGAGUGAGUUGCCGCGGGUGCAUGUGGCGGUGUCUCUCACGCCCCCCACACCAGCGCCGUACCUGCUGAGAACAGUGUUUAUGCGCGGCACAGAUGACAACGGUGCCAUGAUCUGCGAAGAGAUCGCCGUGCAGCGCGACUUCAGACCGCAGUACGGCCGGUGGGGGUCGCGCACGGUGUACAACCACGAGGACAAGGAGGUGUUUGUCAUCCGCAAGAGGGUGGCCAAGGGCACAUGGCAUGCGCGCUACCGACCCAUUCCUGUGGAGCCAAAGGAAAAAGUCAUUCUCUUGCACCAGGGUGGGUGGCGCUACAUCGAGACUGACCCUGUCCCGCUGCCCGAGCCAGAGCCGCCGCAUCUGCGGGUGGGGGUGGUGCGGGGGCCGGUGGUGGCACAGGCGGUGCCACAGGCGUCGGAUGAUUACGAUCGCAUCCAACGGUUCUGCUUGCUCGACUGUCUUCCCAACGGCCGCACUGCCACCGUCACCAUCGAGCGCCGGCGUGACGCCACGAUCUUCAUCCAGGGGAUUCAGUUGACUCUGGAGGAGGAGGGGACGAGUCGGGUGCUGCUGCUGCCAGGUCGACACCACAAGUACAAGGUCCCAGGAGCCCCAUCAGUGGAAGACCUGGGUUUUGCCACGCUUGUCCGCUUCCCACCAGACGCCCCUCACGGCCGCGCCACAGCGCUACUCAACUGGAAGGGGGCAGCCAUGGAGGUAGCACCAGAUGAGUCUGUCCCCCUCGUGCUGCUGCUCUGCACGUGCCUCUCCGAGGCUAUCAACGACAUGGCGGGAAUCAACCGCGUCAGAAAGUUCCGGCGCCUGCCAUUGGCUGACCCCGACCCGGCCAAUCACUGGGGCGCGCUGAGCAUAUCAAGGGACACGGUCGGCGGGGCGGCGGCAGCGGCGGCGGCAAAGAGUGGGGAGGAGGAGUUUUCGUUUUCGAGUGUGGAGAUGAGCCGGCAGAAGUGGUGGAAUAGGCGGCCGCUACGGUUUGCAGUGGGGGCUGGGAGCUGCGGUGCUGGUGCCUGUGGGCCCAGCUGCACUGGGCCUGUUGAUAUCUUCAGUGCGUGA